AUGGCGGCAGCAAAUUCAUCUCCUUCAAAAUCCCAAAUCCUAUCGCUCCUCCGUUCCUUCAUACGCGUAUCUCGUCAAUUUCCAGAUUACAACAUUAGGGAGUACACUAAACGACGUGCCCUCGAUGCGUUUCGUCAAAACGCAACACUUUCCGAAUCUUCUUCGGUUUCCGAAGCUCUCUCGUUCGGAGAAUCUCAGCUUCAAGUAGCUAAACGACAGGCCGUUGUUUACUCUCUUUAUGUUCCGCCUCUUCCCAGUGUUAUGGAGAUUCAGAAUAAACCCUUUUAA